UAGGGACUGGCACUUUAAAAUAUGCAGGAAUGUUGGUUGAUUGAAUUGGAGAAUCAUUGAAUUAGUGAUACAAAUAGGUGUGAGGGGAGGGCUAAUCGUGCUGGCAGUGGCCAUUGUAAAAGUACAAACUCAGGCAGAAAGAAACUAGAAUUCAGAUGAAGGGCUGAAUGAUGCAGGAGUCACAAGAUGGAUGGAAAAAACGUUGGGUGGAAUCUAAACAUAGGCCGGAUUAUGGUAAAUUUCAGCUCACUGCAGGAAAAUUUUAUGGAGACAAAGAAAAAGAUAAAGGUCUCCAGACCAGCGAAGAUGCCAAGUUUUAUGCCCUCUCCACCAGGUUUAAGCCAUUCAGCAAUGAGAAUGAGACCUUGGUGGUUCAGUUUUCAGUAAAACACGAGCAAGGCAUUGAUUGUGGUGGCGGGUAUGUGAAGCUCUUUCCUGACACCCUGAACCAGGAAGAUAUGCAUUCAGAAUCCGAGUAUUACAUCAUGUUUGGCCCUGACAUCUGUGGCUUUGGCAACAACAAAGUACAGGUCAUCCUUCGUCACCAAGGGAAAUACCAUGAGAACAACAAGACCAUCAAGUGCAGGAUCAAUAAAGACACUCACCUGUACACUCUGAUCAUUCGCCCCAAUGCUACUUAUGAGGUCAAAAUUGACAACCAGCAAGUAGCAGCUGGGGGUCUGGAGGACGACUGGGACUUCUUGCCUCCCAGGAAGAUAAAAGAUCCCUAUGCCCGGAAACCAAGGAAAUGGGAUGAACGUCUGCAAAUAGAGGAUCCUGAAGAUAAGAAACCUGAGGACUGGGAGGACUUUGAGUACAUCCCAGACCCAGAUGCCAAGAAGCCAGACGACUGGAAUGAGGCGAUGGAUGGGGAAUGGGAAGGGCCCCUGAUACCAAACCUGAAUUAUAAGGGACAAUGGAAACCUCGGAUCAUCGACAAUCCCAAUUACCAGGGGGAAUGGAUUCAUCCAGAAAUAGACAACCCUAAAUAUAAGCCCGACCCCACCAUUUGUCACUAUUAUAACAUCGGUGUUCUUGGCCUGGACCUUUGGCAGGUGAAAUCAGGCAGCAUCUUUGACAAUUUCCUUCUUACAACUGAUGAAGAGUUUGCUGAAGAGGUUGGAAAUAAGACCUGGGGAAUAAGAAAAGAUGUAGAGAAGCAAUGGAGAGAAGUGUACGAAGAAAUGGAAAAAAGAAAACAGGAAGAAGAGGCCAAGAAGAAAAAGGCAAAGGAGGAGGAAAGGGAAGAUGACAUCUGGGGAAUUGAAGAAGAAGGAAGUGAAGAGGAUUCUGCUGAGGAAGCGGGAACUGACAGGCAGAUGAAGGAAGAUGAUGCUGCAAGAGCAUUUCUGGGUGGAAAUGAGGAAGUCGGUGUUGACCAGAAGGAUGAACUGUAACGAUAGCAUGGUUACGCUCAGAGGAAACGAUGUGGCUUACAAGGAGAAGUGUUCAUGAGGUGGCAACAUCUGGGGAGCAACAUUACUUGCUCUUUUUGAAUGAACUUCGGCUUUGUAUUUCUACCCCACCUCCUUUGCUCUGUACGACCUUGGGAAAGUCGCACCACCUCUUGGGGCCUCUAUUUCCUUGUCCAUGGAAAGGGAGUGAUGAUUACUAGUUCAUGAAGUUGUAGGGAUCAAAUGAGCUAUGUGUGUAAAGUGCCUCAUAUAAAUAUACAGUCAACAAAUAGUACCUGUUACUACUAGCAUUAUCAUGGUGUUUCUAAAACUAACUGUUGGUAAAUAAGCUUCUGUAUAAAC